GCAACAAUCGCAUCGCAACUGUUCUCCCCCCGCCAAACCUCACCAUGCCUCUUAUAGUCUUAACCGGCUACCCCUGCUCGGGCCUCACCCAUCGCGCCAACCAACUCGCCGCGCAACUCGAAGAAACCCAGAACGAGCUGUACGCCUCCGGAGUCUUCCCUGAGAGCAAACCACGCUUCAAGGUGCAUGUCGUCCCUACGCACGACCCGUCGCACCCGCGGACGGUGUACGAUCAGGCCCGCACGGAGAAGGAGUCGCGCGGGGUGGCGUACGCGCGGGCCAAGCGCGCGCUGGGCAAGGACAGCUUUGUGAUUCUGGAUGGGAUGAACUACAUCAAGGGGUAUCGAUAUCAGCUGUGGUGUGAGGCGAAGGCGUUGAAGACGUCGAGCUGUGUUGUACACGUCGGCACGCCGAUUGACCAGUGCGUCGCAAAUAAUGAAGCGCGAAUCCGGCGAGAUGCUCAACGGGCUACUGAGGGUGCCGCUGAGGAACGUGCCGCCGAGAUCAUCGCCGAGCCUACGAAGGAGACCACUACCGAGAAAUCCCCCGAGACCACCCCCGAGACCACCCCCGAGACCACCACCGAACCAACAACGACAACCGACACAGAAGACCCCUACCCGCCAGCCCUCCUCAACAACCUCAUCUUCCGUUACGAAGAACCCAGCAUCCACAGCCGCUGGGACAAGCCCCUCUUCACGGUACCCUGGUCCGACCCCGCGCCUCCGAUCGCCGACAUUUGGACGGCCCUCACCGGCCUCCCCCACCCAUCCGCGCAGACGCAACAAGACCAAACCCUCGACUUAGCCACCACCUCCCUCAACAACACCCACCUCACCUCCCCUUCCCCCUCCUCCUCCUCCGCCGCCAGCAUCGCCCCCUCCACCUUCACCUCCGGGACGGCCGCCGGCGGAAGACAUCCACUCGGCCGCCCCAGAAUCCGACCGCACCAAGCCACCGCCCUCCCCGCCACGACCUCCCCUUCCGCAUUGUAUAGCAUCGAGAAAACCACCUCGGGGAUUGUUGCCGCCAUUCGGGAGUUCACCCUCAAGUACCCGACCGCCGAUGAAGCACUGGCUGCUUCUACCAAGAAUGAUCAACACGGGGAAGCUACGGGGAUCACGAUCCCCGUCCCGGACUCUUCGACGCCAUUGUUCGUGCCCGCGCACGUUGCCCGGUCCGGCGGGUCGACGGAGGAGCUGGCGGCGGCCGGGGGCGUGCUGGCGCUGCCGCGGCUGCAGCGGUGGCGGCGGCAGUGGAUCACGCUGAACCGGGCGUACGUGGCGGGGCCGCAUGCGAGUGCGCGGGGGGGUGGGUUGAAGCCGGAGGAGAUCCCGGAUGCGUUUGUCCGGUUUCUGAAUGCGGAGGUGGGUGGGGGGGGAGUCUUAGGGCGGUUGCAAUAG